UAUUUUGCAGAAAAUGGUUGCAACAAUUCCAACUCUUCGCCUUUUUUAUCGAUUAUUUAUUAUCAAAAGAACAGCAACAAGACUAGCUUCAUUAGAUACCUCUAUAGCCUCACCAUCAUCUUCUUCGCCAAAUAAAUUUAAUCGUUAUGAUACAAAUUUGAAAUUAGUUGAAGCUUUGAACAAUGAAAAUUUUGAUCAAAUUGGAAGUCCAUUAAUUUUGGGAAAUAAAACACAGGUUUUUCUUUUAUUUAAAAAUAGUGCUGGGUAA